UAAUAAUAAAGAAUGUCAUCUAUUCGUAUUACUAAUUACUCAGCAACAAGUUUGAGUGUGAAAGGAAAUGAUAUUCCAAAAGAUGCUUGGAAUAAUUUUUUAUGUGAUUUUCCUAGAUGUGGACCUGAAAUUUAAUUACCUAUGGAUAAUACAAAGAGAUAUAUUAAGACAGCAGCUGUUUUGAUGGCAGCUAUAAUGGAUAGUUUGAUUAGUUGGUAAUAAAUUGAUGUAUUAUAUGAAAUAAGAGAAUAAAUGUAUUCGGAUAAUGAAUAAAGUAAAAAAAUAGUUGCGGAUUAUAAUAAAUUUAUUAGUUAAAUUACUCCAUGUUUUGAAAAAAAUUAAGGUAGUGUUCAUUUGAGAUAAUAAAGAGAAUACAUUUAUUCACAUUUAAAUAACUAAGAAGGAAUUGAACUUUUAUUUAAUGUUUAUAGAUGUAUUUUAUUGAGUUUAUAUACAUAAAAAUAAAACUCUAGUUUAAUUAGAAAUGGUAGAAAAUUAUCAAAAUAAGAGGCUAUUUUUGAAUUGAUGGGGAAUUUGAAUGAAGAUGAUUAAUUUAUAUUGAAAGAUCAUCAUUAUAUUGCUAUAUCUUCUUUAGUAGGAAUACCAAUUCAUUGCUAUAUAAAUUAUAGUGAUGGACAAUAGAUAAUUAGGAAGAGAAUACAUUAAUUGUCAAAUAUUAGAUUUACAGUGGGUUUGUUAUUUGAACCUGGACAUAACAAUAAAUCUUCUAGAUCUGUAAGAAUAUUGUAUCAAUAACAUGAUUCAAUUUACUUAAAUAAUUUGUUAAUAAUGGAUUAAAAUAUUUAAAGAACAAAAAAUAUAAUGUUGGCAAUAAAUAAAGUAUAGAAAGUGUUAGAGUUAGCUGUAAUUACGGCAGUUUAAAAUUGUUAAAAGAUAGUUGAAGAAAAAUAGAUAAAUUAGUUAUGGCCAGAUGAAUUAUAUAAAGAUUUACAAAUAUUAGUUUAAUAAUUGAAUUUUAAGACAAUUAAAUUAGAUGAGAUAUUAUCAGCUUUGGAUUAUAAUGUUUAGAUGUAAUUAGAUUCUUUCAAGAUUACUGUAGAAAGUAUUAGAAAGUCAAAUUCUGAGAUUUCACCCAAUAGACAAAAAAUAUUUUAGAGUACAUAUUUCAGGAAUUAGUAGGCAAUAAUCAAUUAUCAAAAUCAAAAGAUACAAAAAGGGAAUAUAAUAUAGAUUCAAUAGCCAUAAUAAACUACAAUUUUUGAAUCUCCUAUUAAAUAGUCUUAAAUAAUUCAACCACCGAAGACUUAUAUGUAGACGACAGAAGAUAAAUAAAAGUCGGUAUCACCAUCUUCAUUGAAUAAAAAUCUUUCAAAGAGUUUAGAGUUUCAUGAUAAAGCAUUUAAGAUGAGUAAAUCAUAAACGAUAUUAAAUACAUAAUAGAUAUAGUAAUAAUAACAAUAAUGA